AUGCCUCAAGCAAUCCCGUCGCCAGGCAUGCCAUUUAUCGUGUCCGCGGGGACGACGAAGAAGAAUGAUCUACAGACACGCAAGCUCAUACGGAGCCAUGUGAUGUUAGGCAAGAAUUUGGGGAAGUCUCGGCGGGCCAGACCGAAAGAUACCCUGCCCUGGGAGGCGGAACCGGCGUGGGAUUCAUCAACUGGCGGCAAAGUACCAAUACAACAAUCAUCCUCGAUUAUCCCGAAAAAGGUUGGGUCCGAGUGGUCAUUCACCCAGCUGGCAGACGAGAUUGAGCCGUCCGCAAUCACCGAUAUUCUGACUUAUGCUUCUCUCGCAAGGCAAGCCACUGUUCCAUUGGCGCCAUGCAUUGCCUUCAUCAAAAGAGAGAGGGUGCUGGUUGGCCCCAUGGCGUCCGAUGCAGCCUUCCUUCACGCCACUGCGUUGGGAACUCAUGCAUACGUUGAACUAAUGCGAGGUCGUGAAGAUCAUAAAGCUCCCCAUGGCACAUCUCCACAUUUCUCAAAGGCACUUCAGCUGCUACGCGAGCGACUAGAUUCGACAGACGAGGACCUGAAAAUUGCCCUUCCCACUAUGAUGGUGGUUAUUGCCCUGGCACUUCACGCUCGUAUGACUGGAGACUAUGACACCGCAAAGCGUCACAUGGAAGGCCUUUGCAUGAUGAUCAAUCUCAGAGGAGGGAUUGAGACCAUUUUGCUUAAGACGAGACUCGCCAUCGAGAUCUUUAGAUGCGACAUCGGACUGGCAAUCGAAACCGGCCUCACGCCUACAUUCUUCUCGGCUUGCUCUUCUGAGUCGACCGACGCAACAACUUGCAGGCCUUACCCUGAGAAAUUCCUCAACGUGAUCGACAAAGAUCUGGCCACUGUCUGGAGAGCUCUGAAGGGAUUUUGCCUCCAGAUCAACCGCGCCGCCAGGACUAAACGCAAGCUCUCGGAAGAAUUUCUGCUCGAAGCAACUGCCUCAGUGAUGUAUCGCCUUCUCCACUUGAGCUUUGCAACUGGUUCGCUUGACGCAGCUAUCCGGCUCGGUCUAUUGGCUUUCUCCUCACAAGUCUUCUUACAGCUGCCAGAUUUCAGGGUACGAAGGACAACAUUGUCCUCUACCUACCAACAAGCUCUUGCUGGCCUUGACACCUUGGACGACAGAUGGCGGCCGCUGUUACUCUGGCUUCUUGUAGUUGGCCGUAUUACAGUGCUCGAAGACACUAGUGAUAUUUGGCUGAGUCCUUGGCUGAAAUCAACCAUCAAACGAUGUGGAAUUGAUUCAUGGAGUGGAUUUCGUGACAUGAUGGACUCGGUCAUGUGGAUUGGCCUGGUGUUUGAUAAACCUGCUGAGGACAUCUUUUCCUCGGCAUUAUCUUCCUCAGACGGGCUAAAUCCGACACCGAUUGUUUCUUUCAAUAUCAAGCAGCUGUCGUCAACAUAUGAGGCCAUCAAAACUUCGGGCCUUUUUAACGUGCAUCUGUUUCUCUGCGAUCAGAUGGGACAAAAAAUCGCCGAAAAAUUUGCGCGCGGCAACGCCUCUUCGCCUUUUCACCGGAGAGACGGAAAUCUGGCUUCGUUCGCGCGGUGGCGCUCUGACACAGUGCCAGCAUUCCGACCCAACUCACCUCCUAUCAUUCAAUAUUUUCCAAAGUUUCAGAUCAGGUGCCGGUACCUGCCCGAAAAGGCAGUGGAAAUCGGAGAUCAUAUGGUGGUUUUUGGCGAAGUCGAGCAUGUUUACGAUAGAUUGGAUGGCGUGGGUGACACGGAUGUCUGUUUGUAUUAUGUGAACGGCCGCUAUGCUCAAGGUCCCUUGGGAUUCACCCAUCGACAUUGA